AUGUCGUCCUUGCGAUUCAAUUUCUCGGUCGACUUUCGAGCUAAGUCUUUCUUAUUGGCUCUCUGUUUAUCUCGUCCCCACCACGCGAUCCCAUCCAUGCUGCCAAUGAAGACAUUGAAUCCGUUUAGAAAUGUAAAGGGCUGCGGAGUAUUUGAUAUUGGUACCAUGUCAGUAUUCAAAACUCCUGAUCCGCUUAACCCAACCGUUCGCAUGGUUUAUUUCAACACUCCUCGUUCAGACUCAACUAAAUUCAGCCUUUAUGACAUCUAUGUCAACGUUAUCCCAAAACAAGGAAUGCAAAGACAAGCUGAAGAUAAUGAAGGCGUAAAUGUAGGCAACACAGAAGAUGAAAGAAAUUGGCGGGUGCCUAAAUUAGAAUGUCUAUUUAUAUCGAUAUACAAUCAUUUCUAUGCAUAG